UUAACAGAAAUUAGCAGAGUACGGAAAGACAUGUACAAUGACACAUUAAAUGGCAGUACAGAGAAAAGGAGUGCAGAAUUGCCUGAUGCUGUGGGACCUAUUGUUCAGUUACAAGAGAAACUCUAUGUGCCUGUAAAAGAAUAUCCAGAUUUUAAUUUUGUUGGGAGAAUCCUUGGACCUAGAGGACUUACUGCUAAACAACUUGAAGCAGAAACAGGAUGUAAAAUAAUGGUCCGAGGCAAAGGCUCGAUGAGGGAUAAAAAGAAGGAGGAGCAGAACAGAGGCAAGCCUAAUUGGGAGCAUCUCAAUGAAGAUUUACAUGUACUGAUCACUGUGGAAGAUGCUCAAAACAGAGCAGAGAUCAAACUGAAGAGAGCCGUUGAGGAAGUGAAGAAAUUACUGGUACCUGCAGCAGAGGGAGAAGACAGCCUGAAGAAGAUGCAGCUGAUGGAGCUCGCAAUUCUGAACGGCACCUACAGAGAUGCCAACAUUAAAUCACCAGCCCUUGCCUUUUCUCUUGCAGCAACAGCCCAGGCUGCUCCACGGAUUAUCACUGGGCCUGCGCCUGUCCUCCCACCAGCUGCCCUGCGGACCCCUACGCCCGCUGGCCCUACCAUAAUGCCUUUGAUCAGACAGAUACAGACCGCUGUCAUGCCAAACGGAACUCCUCACCCGACUGCUGCAAUAGUUCCUCCGGGGCCCGAAGCUGGUUUGAUCUACACACCCUAUGAGUACCCCUACACGUUGGCACCAGCUACAUCAAUCCUUGAGUAUCCUAUUGAACCUAGUGGUGUAUUAGGUGCGGUGGCUACUAAAGUUCGAAGGCACGAUAUGCGUGUCCAUCCUUACCAAAGGAUUGUGACCGCAGACCGAGCCGCCACCGGCAACUAACCUAUGACCUUCUGACCUCUGAACUCUUCACCCAAUGAUGACCUGACCAUGCCUGCCUGCUGAUCAGUUAACUGGUAAUCGCCUUUGCUUGCCUGUCGUCAGUGCAGCGAGCUGAGGCACUUUGUCCGUUCGUCUUACCAUCUAACCAAACAAAAGACAAAGAAAUUGUUGUCCUCCAACUCAGCUUUUGGUUUUUCUUUCUGUUUGGGUGAAAGUGGUUCUAGAACCUGCACUGAAUAGUAGUAAAGCAAUAAGGCCCAAUUCAUCCCACAGCACUGAUCAUCUUUUCAUGUCCUACCCUAAGCGAACGGUAAGAAGGCCUCACUUCAGAAGGGGAGACAGAUGGCCCUUAACUACUCAGUGACAGAGGCAGUUACUGUGAGAGACUUCUAGGAAUCUUCUCAUAGCGAGUCACAGCUCUCUGAAUGUACCGUGUGAUGAUGCAUCAUGCAUGAACCUUUGGUCAGGGAUGUCAUUGGUGAAGUGAUUUCAAAAAGUAUUCAAAAUUUGAUAUGCUGUUUAGUCACUACAGUGCCCUCAAAGGGCAGAAGUUGCAGCCUUUUUUAUAUUGCCUGCCAAAAUUUGAAGUAUUAGAAGUGUGCCAUGAGAGAAAAAACAAGGAAUUUUGAGAAGUAAUGCAAAGAACAAAACUGCAACACUAUUUUUAAAAAGAUAAAUAUCUGAGUUAAAAUUACUGAACCUUUAUUUUACAACCUCCUUUAAAAAGUAUACGAGAACAAGGUACAUGCAUUAUGUGUCACAUUACUGGGCAAACUGUUCAAAUAUUUUUUUUAAAACCUCCCUGUAUAGAAAAAAAAAUCAUUAAGGAUGUAAAAGCCAUGCUUGCCUAUUUGCUGUAUACAUGUAAUGAAAUUGUAGAUAAAGUGUAGUGCAUUGAAACAAAUGAACAAAAAGUAGAUACUUUUACUAUACAAGGGUGCUGGUGCAGAAAAAAAAUAUAUAUAUUUUUGGAAAUGUAGCAUUUUAUACUUUCAAGUGUUAUAAAAAAAAAAGAAAAAGAACAAAGAAACCCUUUAUUUCAUUAAAUGAUUUUUUCUGGUGGUUGUCAAGAAACAAAAGACCAAAAGAGCCUUUUUGUCUUUCUUUUUUAUUUUUUAAGUAUUGGAAUAAGUCUAAAGAAAAGAAAGUGCCUUAUUUUCCUUCAUGGUCAUUUAGUCAAGUGUCUUGUAAGAUCAGCUCCUCCCUCAGAAUACAAGUUAAUGCAUGUUAACUCAGUCGCCCGCCCAGUAUGUGAAAGAAGAUUUGAGGGGAGACAAAUGAGUUGAUGGUUUGAAUUACAUGAUUUUUGCCACGUUACCUUGAUAGAAAUUUGCCAAAUCUGAUACUGUGAAAAAAUUUGAUAACUUUUCUAAUGUCUGACAAGUAAGUUUUAAAACAUCAUUCUUUUAAAAUCAUAAUCGAGUGCUUUUGGUUAUUGUGAUAUUUAACAGUAGCCCACAAGGUUCUGAGAUAAAAAUUAUGUGUGAUCUGAACAUCAGUUUACAGACAAAAGUAGAACUUUAUUUUAUUCAGAGAAGGAGGGGUGUGUUGGACUUUUUCUUACUAAAUUGGAGAUAAUACCAUUCUUAGCAAACUUUUUCAGAAAAAUGAAUCUCUAUGAUUUUCACUCUGGAUAACAGUAUUUUUUAAUGGCCCAAAUCUAAUCAGACUUCUUUCUACCGUACCAGAUCACUUGGGUAGUCCAUAUCUUUGGUGGUUUAAGUAACCUAAGAGGCCCCCACCCCCUACACACCUUUUUGUUAAACUUCAAAAAAAAUAACUGGCAUCAUUGUGCAUGUAAGUGCUCAACUACCUGUGAGUUUAAGCUUCCAGUUUCUCAUGAAAUUCAGUUUUGUAGUUGAAGCGAUUUGUGCACAGAGCCGACUACAUCUAAACACUUCAGUAAUCCUUAACUGCUCAGUACGGGUGUGGCAAAUAUCAAGUGGCAGUGGAUCCCCAGCUCAUCAACUCAUUCCCUCUUGCAUACCUUCACGGCUUCACAGUCAAAGGUCCGCAGUAAGCUCAGUCAGCACCUUCGCGGUGACCUCCUCCAUCAUCUUGUCUCACUUGGAAACCGUUUUCAGUUUAUUUACUAUGCAAUAGACAUUCAUUGUUUUGUAUUCAGCUAGCGUUGGUUUAAUGUGCCACUGCUUUGUCUUUCUGUUACAUAUACAGUUGUUUUGAUUUAUUUACAAUAUAUGCUGUGCCAUUUUGAUUUUUAUUUUGUUUGGUUGGUUGAAUAAAUUUGCGACACUCAAACACUUGAGGUGAUAGUAGUUUAAAAACAAUACCAGUAUUUGAUCCAGUUUCAUCUCAACUACGUUAUACCUGGACAUUUUAGAUGUUUAUCAAAGGUCUUUUAUGGGGAAGAAAGUAAAUGUAUGAAAUAAAUGUGUGACAUUUAUGAGUAAUGUUGGCUCUGAACAAACUUUUGAAAACUUAGUUGAUAAAAUUUUGGAUCAACUGAAAAAAAAAGCAUGACUUUUGAAAUCUCUGAAUGCCUUGGUUCUCAGUAUUAUCAUUCUUUAUUGAAUUUAUUUCUUAUUAAAAUAUGUAGUUUUUAAGACUUCUUUUCUGACAGUAUUAUGUAAUUUUUUAGUGUGGGUAGAUGGGAGUGUCGCUUGUAUGUUACCGUACAGCUGACAUGUAUUUUUGUCAAUUCUUUAUUAUCUUAGUAGUUUCAUGCUAUGUAUGUAUCAUAACCAACCUAUUGCCUAUGAGAAACAUGUAAGAUAAUGUAUUUACAGCCAUUGUUACAAGUUUAUAAUGUAUUUUUCUAUCUUGUUUUAUAUGUAUGUUAUAUAACAUUCAAAAAGAAUUUUUUUCUUGAUUGAGAAAAGGAUACAAAAUGCAGAAUCCACAAUUUUGAUAACUGAAAAUUGCCAAUUGUUUUGCAGUACUUUAUUAUAUUGGGUGUCUUGUCUUUCUUGGGCUUUUAGUUAGCUAAUGAAUGAAUACAUUAGACACUUUUGGGUUUUAGUUGGGAUUUUACAUAGCUUGCAUUUUAAUUCUUUGGUUCUUUGCUGUUUCUAUUAACCCAUAGCAUUAUUUUAAUAAAUGUUAUAAUACCAACCUACUAACUCUGGACUAUGUCUGUUUAUUAACCUUUUCGUGUUUAAUUAAAAUAAACAAA